CGUCUAUCAAAUCAAUUUUCUUCCUGAGGUCGGCAUUUUGCAAGGAACUUCAAAAGGCGUCGAUAUAUACCAAGUACUCACGCCAAUCAUCAACUCUUGUCCUUGAACCAUACCCACCGCCUUUUUUGAUUUCUGUUUCUUGUUCCUCUUCUCAAACAAUAUUCCUGGAUAUUCUACAAUCUACUUCCGCUCCAAGAAGGAAUUCUAGCCUCCCGAUGUCGUCUAACCGCUCUCAACACCAACAGCAGGAAGAUUGGCAGUCUGAUACCUCUGCUUUCCCCGUCAUACCUCCUGAUUCCACCACGUCGAGUUCUGCAUCAACUUCAUUAACUUCUGCGUUGCCCGCGCCCUUAAAUUCUUCUUCGUCAGCUCCAUUAGACGUGUCCUCAAUCGAUGGAAAUGUUUCUGACCAAGCCAAAAGGCAUGUCAUGGACAUGUUGGCCUAUUACACUGGAGCAAAAGAGGAGUCUUUUGGCGUCGCAAUUGCACGAAGGCUACAGAUGAGGAGCAUGAACGUCUGGGCAACUAGCCCAGGGAAUGCCCAGGGACGUAUCCCUCAACGAGCGACGGAAGCUCAAACGAUUUUCGAGAUCCCGAUUACCAAAGAUAUGUGUAAUCCAUACGGAACCCUACACGGCGCCUGUGCAUGUUACAUCGUCGAUCCAUGUUCGAUGUCAGCUAUUGUCGUCCUGGGCGCCGCGUUAGGUAUCGAUGCAACAGGAGUAUCGCAAAGUAUGAAUUUGAUAUGGCAUCGGCCUGCCAAAAUUGGUACCCGACUCCGUGCGAUUUCAACGUCUAUAUUCAUUGAAGGUCGUAUCAGGACUGCUCGGGUUGAGAUCAUGGAUUCCGAAACAGACAAACUGUAUGUGUCUGCUAUCCACUCGACUAUUGGUCCCAAGCCGGAUUCUAGGGCGAAAUUAGCGAAACUAUGAUUUGAUGUAUUUUCCUCCUCCUACGUUGUUCACAUAAUCUACAUUUUCUCUCUCUCUCUCUUUGCGUCUCCAUCCCUUUCCAUGACUUGAUCUUUUCAUAUGCACGUAUUGUAGCUCUCGUUGUUCAAUAGUAAGUUUUCAUUUCGAAAGGUCCAUU